CUACCGUCACUUCCUCACGCUGUGCAGGCCGGGAAUGCGAGUAGCGAUUGGCCGACGCCUGCCCCGCUUUUCAACGUGCAGGGACGCAGGAAGCGGUAACGGCAGAGCGAGCGCGGCAGGGUGAGGGGCUCCUCACGACUAAUCCUUUUGCCAUGGAAGCCAAAGAAAUUAUGGACUGUAUCCAGGAAUUCCCUGAACACUAUAAAGUUAUUUUGGAUAGACUGAAUGAACAACGUGAGCAGGACCAGUUUACAGAUAUCACACUGAUUGUUGAUGGUCACUAUUUCAAAGCUCAUAAGGCUGUUCUUGCUGCCUGUAGCCAGUUCUUCUACAAAUUCUUCCAAGAUUUCACUCAGGAGCCCUUGGUGGAGAUUGAAGGUGUAAGUAAUAUGGCAUUUCGUCACCUAAUUGAGUUCACCUAUACAGCAAAACUAGUGGUCCAAGGUGAGGAAGAAGCAAAUGAUGUUUGGAAAGCAGCUGAGUAUCUACAGAUGUUAGAAGCUAUCAAAGCACUUGAAAUCAGGAACAAAGAAAAUUCAUCACCCUUAGAAUCAAAUCAAAGGCAAGGUAAAAAUAAAGCAAAAAAGAGGAAGAUUGCUGAAACGUCUAAUGUUAUCACAGAAACACUGCCAUCUGCAGAAUCAGAGCCUGUUGAAAUUGAGGUUGAGAUUGCUGAAGGGACAAUUGAAGUGGAAGAUGACAGCAUUGAAACACUUGAAGUAGCUUCUGCAGAGCAAUCUAUAAAGUACAUACAUGCAACAGGUACAUCAGAUGAAUCUGCUCUGGCUCUUUUGGCAGAUAUCACCAGUAAGUAUCGUCAAGGAGAGACAAAAUGCCAGAUUCAAGAAGGUGGUAGUGCAACUGAUCCCUCAUGCAAACAGGUAGAAGAUAUUGAAAUUGUGGAACUUCAGUUGUCGCAUGUGAAGAAUUUAUUCCACUGUGAAAAAUGUAACCGUUCAUUUAAAUUGUUUUACCAUUUUAAGGAACACAUGAAAACACACUCUGCUGAGAGCUACAAGUGUGACACAUGCAAUAAAAGUUACCUACGAGAGAGUGCUUUGAAACAACACCUCACUUGUCACCACCUUGAUGAAGGUAGUGCUAGCAAGAAGCAAAGACCUGGCAAGAAAAUACAUAUAUGCCAAUACUGUGAUAAGCAGUUUGAUCACUUUGGACAUUUUAAAGAGCACCUCCGAAAGCACACAGGUGAAAAACCAUUUGAAUGUCCAAACUGCCAUGAACAUUUUGCUAGGAAUAGUACACUCAAAUGUCACCUGACAGCCUGUCAGUCUGGAGCUGGAGCUAAAAAGGGAAGAAAGAAGCUGUAUGAAUGUCAGGUUUGUAACAGCAUGUUUAACAGCUGGGAUCAAUUUAAAAAUCAUUUGGUAAUACACACUGGUGACAAACCCAACCACUGUACCUUAUGUGAUUUGUGGUUUAUGCAAGGCAGUGAGUUGAGAAGGCAUCUCAAAGACAUGCACAAUAUUUCAGAACGAAUAGUGACAGAAGAGAUUCUUCCAGUGGAAGCUAUGGAAGCUGAACCAGUAACAUCAAUGACUAUAAUAGAACAAGUAGAGCAAGUCCAUGUCCUACCAGUAAUUCAGGUACAAGUGGAUCCUGCACAGGUAACUGUGGAACAGAUGCACCAGGAUCUCAUACAGGACAAUCAAGUGAAAGGCACACAGAUGGAGGAACUGCAAGAACAGGUGCAAAUUAGUUAUUUAGAAGUUGAACACAUUCGGACUGAACAAGGUGCUGAAGUUCAUGUGGAGCAAUUGCAUGUUGGGCAUGUAAAUCAAAUACAGAUGGAAGAAGUACAGGAAGAAUUUAUAGAUGGAACAGAUCUUGAACAAGUAGAAUAUGAAAGUGUUGAUCAAGAAGCAGAAGAAAAUGAAACAAGUCAAGUAGAUGAUGCAGAUAUGGAAGAUCAUGAACAAGCUGAAAACUUAAAAACUCAUCAAUUAGUGGACACACAGAAUGAAAAGGUGGAUAACUAGGACAAAUAACCACACUGUGCAGCUUUAGGAAUUAAGUACCCAAUUAUUUUUGCUAGCUUUUACAUUGGUUUUUGAACCAAUGGUCAGUGGUCACCUUUCCAAUAUGCUGUCCUUAGGAAGCAAGUGGACCAAAGUUAGUUUCCUUCAUGUACAACUAAACCUCUCAUAUGUGAAAAAUAACUUUACCAUUCAUGUAAUGCCAUGGAACAGAAACCACCACAACUUUGUUACGAUUUUGAUAAUGAAUAGCUUGUAUCAUUUGCAUCACCCCUGGGUAUAUGUAAGAGUAACUUUGCCUCUUUUCCUCUUUCUAUAGAAGCAAACUCUUGUUAUAGAUUUGCAGGGUGUCUGUGGCAGAAGAAUCAGUAAAAUCUGGUGGGUUCUAAUGUAAGUGGAUAAUCAGAUAUCUGUGAAUUUUCUGGGCAAACUUGUUGAUGAUUCAAUGGGGAUUCAAGGGGAUUGCCGGGUCUCAAGGAGACAUGAGCAGUUGUUGGUUGCUAGAAAGAUAUUUAUUGUAUAAAAGCAUCAGUCUUGAAGGCAAAGAAUUCAGAGAAUUAAAGUCCUUGCUAAAAGCUUUGGCAUAAAGUCCCGAAUUCUGAGCAGCAGCUCUGGUAUAAAGUCUCGAUGUUCUGGGCAUCAGCUUCUCGGCGUGGAGUUCUGUUGUCCUGGGCCACAGAAGCAGUUGCAGAACUUCUUCUUGGUGAUGAUGGUGCUCCUGUUCUUCUUCUUCUUCUUCUUCCGGUGUGUGUGUGUGUGUGUGUGUGUGUGUGUGUGUGUGUGUGAGAUCCCCAGUACAGGGGAUUAAACUUGUAAAUCAUCCAAUUAGCUAAAAACAUGGUUCUAAAACAAACUUUCUACACCAAUCCAAGCUUAAUUCUAACAUGCAAAAGCAGUGUUCUUUUUACCUAAAUCUUACAUAUAGGAUAUUAUCUGUUUACGUGAAUAAUUCUGUUUGUUCUAUCUAAGAAUGCAAGCUAUAUUUUUAUUAUGUCUAGAGCUAAGUUGAAUCUGUGAAGGGUAUUAUCACUGAACUUUAAACUGGUAAUAAGGCUUUCCACAAGCUAACACAGACUCUUAAGGCAUUUAAGCUAUAUUAGAACUUACUUAAAACUAAAACCUACACUCUUCAUGUCUAUGUGGUUUAAUAUAUUUUAAUUCUUUUCUCUCUAUGAGGGACUCAUAGAGACUUAUUUUGGAUUCCAACACACUGUUUGUUUGCUGUUUCCUAACAGCAGUCCCUAACUUUCGGGCUGGGGAAAAAACAUUGUUGCUGGAGGUCUCAGAGCACAAAAAUACUGUGCCUUUUUGACAGAGGUGAAAUUUCCAUAAAGCUCCUAAAGUGUUCAACCUAGUUCAAUAAAAGGCAAUGCAGAUAAUGUUAUAGCGGUUUAUAUUUUUGCUUUGUCAGCUACUGAUUUAGGGUUUUGGUUUCAUUAAAUUUAAGAGGGGAUGAGGGAGGAAAUAGAUUCCAUGUUGAGGCAGCAGGACACUCUAAAAGGGAUAUUUUAAAUUAGGAAAAGCUCAGUAAAAUCUGUGGCAAACAUAAGCUGGAAGAAAGCUACUAGCAGACUCUUCUUUUAUAAAUUGUCAUUUUUGAAAAGGAAUGUUUUUAAACAUAUAGGGAAGGCUUGUCUAUAUGGUAUCCAGUUCCUAACAUUUUUUAAUAAAAUUCUGACACUUGACACAAAGACGUACUAAAAGUAAAAGCCAUUGGUAUGAAUGCUAAAAUGUGAAUUGAAAAGUAGAAGUGUAAAUAUUUUUAUCAGUAUUAGACAACAAAACAAUAGCAUCCAUUAAAUAUUGCAUUAUUUGCUUAAUCCGGUGAAUUAGGAACAACUGAGUGACUGUCAAUUACAGUGCCCAAUCCCAGUGUCAAGAAUAUAUAAUUUUAAUAACUUUAUAGUAAUGACCUAUUAAUCUCAAGUUUGUUUAGAAAAUACUUGUCUGGCUCUAUGUUUAAGGAUGCUAAGAACUUCCAAUUUUCAAUUAUUGCCUUGAGAUUAGAAGUGCCUCCCUACUUCUGAAAAACUUUGUUUUCAAAGCCCUAAGGAAAGGGAGGGUUUUUUGCAAGGAUGUUCCCUAAUGCUCUUGGUAUUCCUGUAGAUCUUGCUUAAAAUCAGGCUUUUCUAUUCAGUCUUCUCCAAAUGCAAAAUUAUUUUUUGAGAUUAGUGCUUUUAUUUAGUAUCAUUCAAAAUGAUUGUUGUGUUUCAUCAUAGCUAGCCUUGGAGAAACUGUUGGAAAACAAACAUGAAUCUCAAUUAAAAUUUCAAACUAUUUCAUUAACAUAACUUGCAUUCUUUUUUUUGUGAUGUUUUGUAUUUUCUGAGAUACAGAUAAUAUGGGAUGAGAUUAUGUGCAGAGGAAAGAAUGUGGCCUGAUGUUAAUCAUGAAAGUAAAAGAUAGCUAUUGGAUUUAUACCUGGCUUCUGAUAAGAAGCCUGCAUUUUGAUAACAUGGAGGGGGUGUAACUUGCUUAGCUGCCUAACUCUAAAUUUUUAGGCAUUUAUGCAUAUAGACACCAGACCUGAAUCAGUGGAAUUAAAGGAGCAAUCUGGUUGUGUCUAAUUAAUUAAACUAACUUAGGCAAUUUAAGUCCAAUGUAAAUUGAGCAAUUAGGUGAUAUUGAUAGCAGGGCUAUAAUUUGGUAAGCACAGUUGGGCUAUUUUUUUGUUCUAUCUCCCCUUUUUAAGAACAGCUUACAAAUUUGGUAGGAGUGAAAUGAUGCUUUGUUGUUGUGCCCAGUGCUGCCUCUACAGACUUCUGUUGAGCCUGGGUGGGAAUGCAGUGGCGGCAUGACCAAUCCUCUCCUCACCCCGAGGGACAGUGUUGGGGGUUAGGUGUCUUUUUUUUUUUUUAGUUCUGGCUUGACUGGAAUUUUUACCCAUUAAUUGAGGGGACAGCCUAACUGUGGGUACUUGGUGAGUGCUUGAGAGAAGACAAAGAGUUCGUCUGAGCCCAAGGGGGGAAGGGGCAGGAAAAGGGGGGGUGGGGACAGUUUGGCGGGCUUUCUUCAGCUUCAGAGAAGGACACUUUGGGGCGCGGAGCUGUUGCGGUGAGGAAAAGGGAAUUUCGCCAUCAGCCAGACGGAUCUGCUGCUUCUUCUCCUUCUUCCCUCUUCGUUAGUGGCCUCGCACCCCCUGCCCUGCCGGGACGUGUGGCAGUGCCAGCCACCGCCGCGGAGCUGCUGAUCCACCUCAACCACCGAGCCGGGAUCUCUGCUCAUCCCUGCUGUUCCAGCCGACUGUUCCUCAGAGCCCUGCAGUAGCACCGGGACUGACUGCCCAAGGAGGUUUGUGAAGCAAAGCCUCUCCUCCAUCCCGUCUCAGCCGAGAAAGCUGUCACGGGGCCCCUGGUUCUGUUUUCUUGCUAAUGCUGUAGUUAUUGUUGUUUGUUUGCCUGGUUAUAUUAGUAAAGAACUGUUAUUCCUAUCCCCAGAUCUCUGCCUGAGAGCCCCUUGAUUUCAGAAUUGUAAUAAUUUGGAGGGAGGGGGUCUACAUUUUUUCAUUCCAAGGGAGGCUCCUGCCCUCCCUAGCAGACACCUGUCUUCUAGAACCGAGACAGACAGGAUGAAAGGCUCCUCAA